AUGAUACGUUUUUCGAUAUUUUACUCUUGUCCAUAUAGUGACAAUAGUAGGGUGCACUAUCUGCAAGCAAAAAUAAAGAAACAAGUUCCUGGCAAAAUGGUUUACAGCACAAAAGACGAAAUCCCAUUGUAUUCUGGAGUUAAACUUUUAACUCUGAACUACAUUAUUACACUUCAAUUGGGUAAAAGGAAUAUGACGGUACUUGUGGAUACAGGAAGCGAUCUUACAUGGGUUCAAUGCGAACCUUGCAAAUUAUGUUACAGCCAGCAAGACCCUAUCCUGAAUCCAGGCCUCUCCCGUUCAUACAAAUCUGUUGCACGCAAUUCAUCCAGUUGCCAGUCUCUUGAAGGUGCAACUGGGUUUGCAGGAGUCUGUGGUGCCGAUCAAAAAAAUAGCUGCAAUUAUGUAGUAAACUAUGGUGAUGGAUCCUAUACUCGUGGUGAACUAGGACGAGAACGACUCUAUGUCGGUAAAACUUAUGUGAAAGAUUUUGUCUUCGGAUGUGGAAGAAACAAUAAAGGACUAUUCGGAGGAGCUUCUGGUAUACUGGGUCUAGGAAGAAGCAAUCUCUCACUAAUUUCUCAAACUUCCAAAAAGUUCGAUGGUGUUUUCUCUUACUGUUUGCCUUCAACUGAGGUUGAUUCUUCGGGUUCUUUAACUUUCGGCUGGGAUGCUUCUGUGUACAAGAAUUCCACACCUAUUUCUUACACUAAAAUGAUCUCAAACCCAGAACCCUCUACUUUUUAUUUUCUAAACCUUACUAGUUUUAGCAUUGGAGGGGUGGCUAUACAGGCUCCUGGGUUUGCUACAGGUAGAACCUUAAUUGAUUCAGGAACUGUGAUUUCAAGACUUGUUCCAUCAGUUUACAAUGCUCUAAAAACUGAGUUCCUUACACAGUUCUCGGGGUAUCCAACGGCACCAAGUUACUCAAUAUUAGAUACUUGUUUUAACUUGUCAGCGUAUGAAAAUGUGAACAUUCCUACACUGAAUAUGCAUUUUGAAGAUACUGUCAACGUAAACGUGGAUGUGCUAGGUAUGUUUUAUUUUGCUAAAGAUGAUGCUUCUCAAGUUUGUUUAGCUCUUGCUAGUCUAUCAUCAGAAGAUGAAGUUGGGAUAAUUGGAAACUUUCAGCAGAGGAAUCUAAGGAUUGUUUAUGAUACUAACAUCAUGUUUGUUUUUUCCACUAUGUAG